GAUAGUUUUGUUUAUUUAGGAAAAAAGUGACACAUUUUUCCUCCUUGAUUAUUUGUGACACAGAUCAAUGACACUGAUGACAAAUCAGUAACCGCUUCAUUGAAUAAAAACUACUCUCUGUACCAAAAAAAGAGGAGUCUUAUUCGUCGUUCACAUUUCUCUUCUCCUCCGCGAUGCAAUUGGACCAGACAACCGAUACAACCACCCUCAGUUAUUGGUUAAAUUGGAGGGCCUUUGUAUGUGUAGUUUCUGUUUUGCUGUCUAUGGUUCUUGCGUCUUAUACAAUAUGGAAGCACGAAAGUUCAAGGAACCUCACAUUUGGCAAAGGAGAAAACCAGCAAGACAGGACUUUGUGUGGCGAUGAAGCAUGGAAGCCAUGCCUCAAGGACAUUCACCCUGUUUGCUUGCUAGCUUUUCGAGUUAUUUCAUUCUCUUCUCUUUUGGCAUCAUUAAUUGCCAAAAUCCAUGUCAGUGCUGGCCUAACAUAUUACUAUUACACUCAGUGGACCUUCACUCUGGUUACAAUUUAUUUUGGGUGUGCCUCUAUGCUAUCAGUGUAUGGGUGUUAUAUGUAUAGAAAUUCAACAGACACCACCUUUAAUGAUAAUAUUUCUAGAAUAGAUGCAGAGCAAGGUCCAUAUAUGCCUCUCUUACACCAGGAUGUCACAAAUGAAUCUAGAACGGAACACUUAGCUGAUCCUCAAAUUAACAUACCGAAGAAUCAAAUCGCACCAGUUUGGAGUUACAUUUUUCAAAUUUUAUUCCAGAUUAGCGCAGGAGCAGUCAUGCUUACGGAUUGUGUUUAUUGGAUCAUUAUUUUUCCAUUUCUCACCCUGAGAGAUUAUGAUUUAAACUUUAUGACAGUGAACUUGCAUACCCUAAAUUUAGUUUUGCUCUUUGGUGAUGCAGCUUUAAAUUGCCUGCGAAUACACUGGUCUGGGAUGUCUUUCUUUGUCUUAUGGACAGGUGUUUAUGUCAUUGUUCAGUGGAUAAUUCAUGCUUGCGUCUCGAUUUGGUGGCCUUACCCUUUUCUUGAUUUGUCAUCGCCAUAUGCACCAUUGUGGUAUUUGUUGCUGGCAUUUAUGCACAUUCCAUGUUAUGGCUUCUUUAUGCUGAUUCUAGAAAUAAAACACCAUGUCUUGUCAAAAUGGUUCCCAUCCUCUUGUCAAUGCUAAAGAUUGAAUGGUAUGGAAGUUGGAUGCAAUCCCUUUAAAGUCAAAUGCGGUUUAGUCUGCGCCAAAACUGGAUUCACUCUCUCAACUGUUUAAUUGUCGAAAUCUGGUCUGCUGUAAGAUAAUCAGAAUGCUCAUCUGCCAAUGUCUCACAACUCAUAAGUGUGUACUUGUGUUCAAAGUCACUUGUGUCCACUGAGAUGAUAUGUUUCAGUUAAUGCUGAAAUCUCUUCCCAAUAUAGUUUUAACAAGAUGUAUCAUGGUAAAAGUUAUUUAUGUACAAUGAAAAAAGAAAAGUGUAACGCCACAAAUUUUUAAGGCGUGAACUUAAUAGAUUAUAAACUCGAGCCUAUAUAUAUAGAUAUAUUGAAGGAGAAUUAUUGCUAACAACAUUGUAAAAGUUUAUAGUAAAUGUAUAUUGAUAUCGUCUUUAAAUUAA